AUGCCCGAUCAAACGGCGGAAAUAAAUUUCACCGUCGUGUUGUACGCCGGAAUCAUGUACACGGGUCUGGUGAUUUCCGGAUGGUUGCUAAUGCGUCUGACGAUCGCUUGUUUCAAAUUGCCGUCCAUAUUGAACGCGGGACAGUUUCAGGAAGGACUCGAGGACGAAGAAGAGUUGAAAAAAGCUUACGAAAUGCUGAUAGGUAGGUACACCUACGGGCUAUGACCGAAAUCGACCGACAUCCGUCGUAAUAAUUGUGUUAUUAUAAUCGCCAAGGGAUAGGCACGACAUCAUGCACCGCAACAAGUCUGCACACAUUAAUUAAUAGAUAAAUAAUUCGCGUAGGUAAUAAUAUUUAUAGCGAGUCCGAAUGUCGGACAAAUUGUCGAUCAGUCGUGAAAGUCGUUCGCCGACGCACUUUGGACCACUUGAAAUGCAUUUUUGUCUUCUCAGCGUUUUUUUUCCCCCGGCAUUAUUAUUGCGAAGAACACAAGGAAUUUCGAAAAAUCACCACCCCAACACAGCGGCCCAUCCGGGGAGGCUGAGGGGGCUGCAGCCUUCUCCCAAACGUCAAGAAAUCUUAAAUUGUUGUUUUGAAAUAUACAUUAUAGUAGCAUUAUUAAUAAAACGCGUAAUUUGAUUUGUAACUGAUCAGCUCCCUCAGAAAAAAUUCUCAAAUACGACACCGUCCCCAACAACUACGAUUACGGAAAUUACGGAAAAAAAAUUGUACAAAAAAGUUUUCGAAAGAAAUUUUCGAUUGAAGCAAGUUGCUUAAAUCGGAACAAAUAGCUAAGACGAAAGAACUAAAAAAAAAACCAAAUAACAAAAGAGCUGAUACCGAGAACAGGCGUAGCCAUUGUUGUAGGUGGGAUGCUAGGAAGGUACAUUAGUUCAUUGAUAUCUGUACGCAACAAUAAAACCAUUUCUAACGAGAAACGAUUCGGAGGGAAGUUCGUAGACAUAUUUUAAAAUGUCGUGAUUUUUAGUUUAUACGAUUUUCGUCAAAAUAUGACGUUAAAUUUUUUUUUCAUACCACCGAGUACAACUUAUUAUAAUUUUAUUUGUCGACACAAAAUUCGUGGACCUCCUCAAUGUAGAGGACUAGAGAAAAUGACCUUUCAGAAAAGGUGCUACACUCGAUACUUCGGAGCGAGAUUUCCGGUAGAAAAGUCGUGUUCACAGACACACAAAAAAAAAAAAACACACACACACACGGUAAAACCAAUAGAUCCAUUACUGCGCUCCGGAUCUAAAAACACAGGGCCGGACUCAGGUCUCGCGAUGCUCUGGUGUCGAAACACAUCCCGCCGGGCCCCGAUAAUUAUGGCCGCCGGUAUAAAAACGAUACCCGGUAUUCGAAAUCGUAAACGAUAG